AUGGGAAGAGGGCACGCAGCCUCCACAGGUGCUGGCAGGAAAGGAGUUUUUUCGUCUUUGCUGGAAUACAGCAGACAUCCAGGCUGGGGAGAGGUGGAGCCCAGGCUAUUGACUAACCCUUCUUUUGUGUGGAUUUAUUCUCACUCUCCGGGAACACAAAAGCUGGAAUCUCUGCAAACCUUUCCCUGAAUAAUCUGCGAGUCAGUGGAGAAUCUGCAGGCCAUGCGUGCAGACAUCCCCAGAGGACAAGAGCGUGAUUAAUCUUUGCAUCCGCCAUGGGCCAGCGGCUACACCCAGGCACUGAGAGGCCGGUUGUGAGAGUCUGGGCUGGGCAGGCCCUGGUUCACAGCAGACUCCAAAUAACUGUUUAUUGGUGGAGGUCAGCAGGGCAGGGAUUACCAUCUCCAGUUUAUAGAUGAGGAAGUUGCAAUCAGCCGGGUGCAGGAAAGUUGCCCAAGGUCAUCCGUGAGUCAAAGGAAGAGCAAAGACUUGAACUCAGAACACUGGGGGCCUCUGCAGAGUAAGAGGAAGGAGGCUGGGGCUGCUGGGCUGGGCUCACCCACUCAGGUGGCCUGGGCUGGCAGCUUUAUGGGCCCUGUAAGUCUCUGGGAUAUGUCAGCACCCAUUCCAGCUCUAAUGACCCUAAAUCAGGCCUUGCCCCCUACAGGAUCAAAGCUGCUCUGUGAGGCUGUGUGAUCCUGGGCCAGGAGCGAGGAGCCAGCUCAGCUCUAAGCAAGGAGGAAGCGUCUUUGCCUGAAUCCUUCUGGGGGAGGCAAUCCCCCUUCAGAGGUCCCUAGCCCAGGUUCGAAGGUCGGUAGGAACUGAGAGGUUGGCAGCGGAUGGGGAGUGGCUAAACCAGAAAAAGGGGGUUUUCUGUUGAUGGGUUGAUGGAGGAGGUCCAGGUCCACUGCCUGGUUCUCCGUCCCUCUACCGCACCCCAGCCUGAGCUUCCCAAACUCCCACAGAAGCCCCCACCCCAUGUGGGACACAGAGGACCUGCAGUAGCAGGGCGGCACAGCUAAGAGAGGAGACAAGAAGCAGCUUGGGGGCGUGGGGGGGGACCCCAUUUCCCCAAAUGUUGGAGCCGCCCUUAAGGGAACUUCCCCUGUACUCCUCUGGAGAUCUUGCCAGAUGGGAGAACUAGCGGUCCAUUCAGACCCCAGUCUCUUCUCUUCCCCUCUCAUCUCUCCACCUGGGGGGUUCAAAGAACCUAGCUCCUCCCCUUUGACCCCAUCAGCUUCUCCCUCACCGAAUCCUCUUACAAUCCAUUUCUUAAUUCUGCCCCAUCAACCCUCCCUGGUCAUCACAUAAACACCAGCAAGGGCAGUAGUUUAGGGACAGCUUUGCUCUGUGUUCGAAGAAAGGUCUUUGGUCUGCUUAGAAAUUAAGUUUGGAGCAGCCUGGGAGGAAAUAGAAGAGAUGAGACCCAGAGACUCAAUGACCACUGCCUAAGAGAGAUAAGAGAGCCUUUCUGCGGCCACUGAUUCAACAAACGGCAUCACACGCCCCUCAGCCUCUCAUCUCUUCGAGGCCAUCUCCACCCCCACCCCCACCCCAAGGCCAUUCCAAGGUCCCAUUCAAGACCACUGCGCAGGGGUGGCGCCAAAAUGAUCGAAGUCUUCAUCGGGGCACUCAUCUUUGUGUGGGUCAAGCACUUUGUGGUGUCGUGUCCCUGUUCCCAAACCAGGGACCAGGAGUAGGAUGGGGGAGGGGCAGGGCUCCGCUUCUGAGUGGAGAGGACGCGGAGUGGGUGAGGGGGCCUUGCGCACAGGGCAAGAGGUGGCCAGGCGGGGCAGGGGACCGGGGAGAGCGGAGGAUUUCAGAUGAGGGACUGGGGAAGGUGGAGAGGGGAGGGCAGGCCCCGCCAGGGGGAGGAGCUGCCUCCCGCCUCCAGCUGUCGGGGCUCCCUCCCGUCGCGGCUCCGCUAUAAAACCCAGGCCUGCAGGAUCGCUGCACCCGCGGCGGCCUCCUCGGUGCGCGACCCCCGGCCCAGAGGACUCUUUGCUGUCGCGCAAGAUGUGGAUGCUGCUGGCGCUCCUGGCCCUCUCCGCGGCGCGGCCAUCGGCCAGUGCAGAGUCACACUGGUGCUACGAGGUUCAAGCCGAGUCCUCCAACUACCGCUGCUUGGGGAAGCGGAUUAUCUCUGCAGUUCCCAUUUUACAUUUGGGAAACCCAGGGCUUGGAGAGGCCAUGUGCACCAUCUCAUGAAGUUGUCCCUACCCCGGAGCUCACAGUCAACAGUUGGCAACCCUGUUCCCACCCUGUUCCACACCGGGGCUAGACUCCCCAGCCUUGCAAUGCCAGCCAAGUGGGGUGGAAACUGCCAGAAGGACCGCCAGUCCCCCAUCAACAUCGUCACCACCAAGGCAAAGGUGGACAAAAGACUGGGACCCUUCUUCUUCUCUGGCUACGAUAAGAAGCAAACGUGGACUGUCCAAAAUAACGGGCACUCAGUGAUGAUGUUGCUGGAGAACAAGGCCAGCAUUUCUGGAGGAGGACUGCCUGCCAGGUACCAGGCCACACAGUUGCACCUGCACUGGUCUAACUCGCUACGUAAUGGCUCGGAGCACAGCCUCAAUGGGGAAUACUUUGCCAUGGAGGCUGGACCCCAGGUGAACGAGGGCUUCCGGCCGCUGGUGGAGGCACUGUCUAAUGUCCCCAAACCUGAGAUGAGCACUACGAUGGCAGAGAGCAGCCUGUUGGAUCUGCUCCCCAAGGAGGAGAAACUGAGGCACUACUUCCGCUACCUGGGCUCACUCACCACACCGACCUGCGAUGAGAAGGUCGUCUGGACUGUGUUCCAGGAGCCCAUUCAGCUUCACAGAGAACAGAUCCUGGCAUUCUCUCAGAGGCUGUACUACGACAAGGAACAGACAUUGAGCAUGAAGGACAAUGUCAGGCCCCUGCAGCAGCCGGGGCAGCGCGCGGUGAUGAAGUCCGGGGCCCCGGGUCGGCCGCUGCCCUGGGCCCUGCCUGCCCUGCUGGGCCCCAUGCUGUCCUGCCUGCUGGCCGGCUUCCUGCAAUGAUGGCUCACUUGUGCACGCAGCCUCUGUUGCCUCAGCUCUCCAAGUUCCAGGCUUCCGGUCCUUAGCCUUCCCAGGUGGGACUUUAGGCAUGAUUAAAAUAUGGACAUAUUUUUGGAGAAA